AGCAGAGCAGAGCCUCAUCGCGACCUGAGAUACUCUUUUCUGUCGUGGUCAAUUUACGCCCUCAAGCAGUACUCUCGCUGCGAGGCUUUUCAAGAGUCCCCCACUUUCGUCUCUAAACUUGGGGUACCGCCCGCCCUGAAUCAAGCCAACCACGCAUCCAUAUCUCAAUUAGCACAUCGUCAAUCAUGUCCAGACGUUUAGUCACCCUGGCGACUUGCACGCUCUCGCAGUGGGCUCUCGAUUUCGAGGGUAACAGAGAUCGCAUUGUCGAGAGCAUCAGAAUAGCGAAAGAGAAGGGGGCCACGCUGAGAACAGGUCCUGAGCUGGAAAUCACUGGAUAUGGAUGUCUCGACCACUUUCUGGAAAUGGACGUGUAUACCCACUCGCUGGAAAUGCUGCACUCCAUCCUCAGCAACGAAGCGACCCAUGACAUCCUACUCGACAUCGGCCUUCCCAUCAUGUUCAAGGGCCUCAGAUUGAAUUGCCGUGUUCUUUCUCUCAAUGGCCGCAUCAUUCUUAUCAGGCCUAAGAUGUGGCUCGCUCAAGAUGGCAACUAUCGCGAAAUGCGCUACUUCACCCCGUGGCAGACCGACGAGAUUGACGACUACCGUUUGCCCGAGCUCUUCCAUAAGUUGCAAGGAGCGGAGACGUGCCCAAUCGGCAAUGCCAUCGUGUCAACAAAAGACAGCAGCAUUGGCUUGGAAACAUGUCAAGAACUAUUUGAGCCUCUGGCUCCUCACAAUCUGUUGACCCUGAACGGAGCAGAGAUCAUAACAAACAGUUCUGGCUCUCAUCACAGCUUGCGCAAGCUUGACGUUCGUUUGGGUCUCCUUCAACAGGCCACAAAGGUCUGUGGUGGUAUCUACCUCUACUCGAACCAACAAGGAUGCGAUGGUGAUCGUCUCUACUAUGACGGCUCUUCCAUGAUUCUUUGUAACGGACAGAUUCUGGGACAGGGUACUCAGUUCUCACUGAACGAUAUCGAAGUCAUCGUCAGCACAGUUGACCUGGAAGAGGUCCGCGCCUACAGAUCUACUCCAUCCAGAGGACUCCAAGCCAUUUCUGCACCUCGAAUUAAAUACAUCCACGUCGACUUCAAUCUAUCUACCACCGGCGAUGAUCUAGAUUUGGAUGUCAUGCCCACACCGUCCCGCCCGCUUAGGAUACAUAGCCCCGAGGAAGAGAUCGCAUUAUCUCCAGCUUGUUGGAUGUGGUCGUUCCUCCGCCGCUCGAAACAAGCUGGUUUUCUCCUUCCACUCUCUGGUGGGCUUGAUUCCGCAAGCACGGCUACUUUGGUCUACAGUAUGUGUAGAAUAGUCAUGUCUGCCCUGGAAGAAGGGAACGAGCAAGUCAUCGCCGAUGUCAGGAGGAUUGCUGGGCCUUACCACGGAGACCAAUGGCUGCCCAAGGAUGCGCGAGAGUUGUGCGGAUCGCUACUUAGCACCGUGUACCUUGGGAUGGCAAAACAGUCAUCGAGCGAGACUCGUAGCCGUGCUCAGCGUUUAGCUGACAGCAUUGGAUCCCGCCAUCUUUCGAUGGACAUUGACAACGUGUUCCUCGCGCAGAAAGAACUUCUAACGCAAGCGACAGGAUUCGAGGCAAACUUCAAGGUUCACGGAGGCACGCAGGCGGAGAAUCUGAGUCUACAAAACAUUCAGGCUCGGAGUCGCAUGGUUACCAGCUACUACUUCGCGCAGAUGCUUCCUACCGUGCAGCAACGACGAGGUGGCGGCUCGCUGCUCGUCCUAGCCUCUGGAAACGUUGACGAAUGUUUACGCGGAUACCUCACCAAAUAUGACUGCUCGAGUGCUGAUCUCAAUCCGAUUGGGUCUAUAUCUAAGACUGACCUCAAGCGCUUCCUCGCCUACGCGCAAACAGAGUUUUCGCUUCCUAUACUGGAGGAGUUCCUCGAGGCAACCCCGACCGCGGAGCUCGAACCCUUGACAGAGGACUAUGCGCAAAGUGAUGAAGCAGAUAUGGGCAUGACAUACGUAGAACUGUCCGAAUUUGGACGUCUGCGAAAAGAGUACAAGCUAGGUCCUUUCGGGAUGUGGCAGCGCUUGGUGCAUGAGUGGCGGGACAAGUGCACGCCUCGCGAAACUGCGGCCAAAGUCAAGCACUUUUUCCACUGCUACGCUAUCAACCGUCACAAGAUGACUACAAUGACUCCCGCACUCCACAUGGAAGACUACUCUCCCGACGACAACCGAUACGAUCUGCGCCCCUUCGUGUACCCCAGCUUUUACGGAAGCUGGAGCUACAAGAAGAUCGAUGAGGCAGUUGAGAAGAUGGAGAAGAAGCGCGAGGAGAGUUUGGCUGCGCAGGCGAAGAAGGCUGGGAAUUGAGCAUGGGUAUGGAACUGAUUGAGUGGUGGGUGGAGGAAGGCCUCUCUCAAAGGCAAUCUCAGCUCAAGCUCGAAAUGCGUGGUGGCCGUGGACAUGAUGCUCUCUCGGAAGGUAGCUCAUCUUGAAUAUCUUCUGUCUGCACUGUGAGUAACCACCGCGAGAGAAAUAGAUAGAUGAAUUAUAUGCCCACAUUGAGAUUGUGCAA